AUGGCAGUGAAACUUGGACUUUCCCAUCUUUUGGGUGGAUGUGUUGUUGCCGCCAUGGCAAUCUCCAAAACAUCCUCAUUCGCGAUCCUAGACGUCCUUCCCUGGCUCUGCCUCACCAUCAUUCCACUCUACUUUGUCUUAUACGUCUCAUUCAUUUACCCAUUCUACAUCUCGGAGCUACGACAUGUACCGACUGUCCCAGGAUUCCCGCUUUGGGGGCAAUUCUUCACUAUCAUUACUGAAGAAUGCGGCGUUCCCCAGCGAAGGUGGUUCCAAGAACAUGGGCCCAUCAUCCGAUACUUCUUUCCCUUUGGUGCCGAGCGUAUUGCCAUCGCCGACGACAAAGCAGUUACUCAAAUGACCAUCAAAAACCCAUACAAUUACCCCAAGCCAAUUCGUGCGAAGCUUUGGAUGGUGCGAAUCUUAGGGGAAGGUGUCCUCCUGGCUGAGGGGGACGAACAUGUGCAUCAACGCAAAGCUCUCGCUCCUGGUUUUUCAAUCUCUUCCAUCCGAGCCCUCGCCCCUAUAUUCUGGCAGAAAGCACUUCUUCUCUCCAAGUUAUGGAAGGAUGAAAUGCUCAAGGCCGGCAUGACUACGAAAUCCAUCGAGGUCCUUGAAUGGCUCAACCGCACCACAUUAGACAUCAUUGGGGAAGCCGGAUUUGGGACUGAUAUUAACUCACUUGAGAACCCCGAGACGCCACUCCGAGAAGCCUACCGCCUUGUCUUUGCAUUCGAUCUCGGUUCGAGGGUUUUACAUGGAUUGCAAGCAUUCAUACCCAGCACCAAGUAUAUACCUGCGAAAAUGAACCGCGAUAUGGAAGCCGCACGCAACAUCAUCCUCAACAGAGCCACCGAGAUUAUCAAGGAGAAAGAAGGACAGGCACAAGCGCAUAGCAAACACAAUGAUAUCAUCGCCCUGAUCUCAAAAGAUAAUUUGAAGAAGAAGGCAGCGGGCGAGGAAGGCUUGUCCCUGGAGACUAUGAGAGAUCAGGUAAUGACGUUCUUGGGGGCCGGGCACGAUACCACUGCCACCGGGGUAGCGUGGACAUUGCACCUUCUGUCCAAAUACCCCAAAGUUCAAACACGAUUGCGAGAAGAGGUCCGGGAAUACAUGCCAUUCCUCUUCCACGAGGAUACGCGUUACGACCCAAUUGAGCUUGGCAAGGUCGAUGCCGAUAAACUCCCCUACCUCGACAAUGUCUGCCGCGAAUCUCUUCGCUACAUCCCUCCUAUUCCCAUGACCGUCCGGCAAUCUCUAGAAGAUGACACACUGGGCCCCUAUUUGGUCCCCGCCGGUACCGUCAUCUAUGUCCUCGCCAAUGCCAUCAACCGGCUCCCCAUGUACUGGGGCCCGACAGCUGACAAAUUUGAUCCUGACAGAUGGGACAACUUGCCAGAUACCUACACCCGUAAUGCGUUUAUGACAUUCCUCCAGGGGCAGAGGGGAUGUGUGGGGAGGAAGUUCGCUGAAACGGAAAUGAAGGUUCUGCUGUGUUGUUUGCUGAGUAUGUAUACUUUUGAGAGGGACACAUCGAUGGAGGAUCCGGAAAAUUUGAAAAUGUGGAGAUUAGUCUUGAGACCAAGGGAUGGAAUUGUUUUGAAGUCCACGUUGCUGUAG